AUGGUCUCCACUAGAUCCUCUUCACCCGUCUCUGAGCUAUCAAUGUCUUCACCCCCUUCUACCCGUCCACCUUCUCGAGUUUCAUCUACUUCAGAUUUACAUCCUGAUUUUCUCCCUCCUAGUAAACGCGAAUACCUCCUCGCACAAAUCAGGCAGAAGGACGCGAUAAUCGAGUCGUUGCUCAAGCAGCUACACAACCCAUACCUCGCCACACCGCUCUCCAUCGCAUCUUACCGUAUGGCCACCUCCCCGUCGGACCAAAACAACCGAAACGUCCUGGCCUGGCUCGACCGCCUCCAAUCGAGCGUCCGAGAUGCCGGUUCGAGGGGCGGGCCUGGGGCUUUCCUCAACCUCCGCAAUCAGGGAGACGAUGACUCUGACGUCGAGUCUUCUGAGGCUCAUAAGAAGUCCUUUGGAGUGCUCCCGUCGCAAGAGGAAGAUGACUCUGGUGGUGAUUGUGCUGAUGGGGCGUGUGCAGACGUUGAGAAGCUGUUGCCGGACUCGCAUGUCCCACUUGGGUUGAUUGCCAAUUUGAGUUUGAGUAAUAGUAAGCUGAAGAAGAAGAAUUUUGCGAAGGAUGGGUUGCUUAAUGAGGAGGAUUUCGAUGAUGAUAAUGUUGGCGUCGCGAAUGAUACGUACUUUAUGCCUGGCCCCGCCACUGAUCUUGGAAUCCGGGCUACCUUGAUUGAACAACACAGUCCCCCAGAGAUUCUCGUCCACGGUUUAGUUACACCUGAAGAUGUCGAAAAACUGUUCCAAAUAUUUUUCCAGAAAUUGGAUCCUUUCAUCUCCUUACUUGACCCUGUACUUCAUACCCCUGCGUCAACAUUUGCACGGUGUCCUUUCCUCUUCACCGUUAUCUGCGCAGUGUCAUCAAGGUAUUACACUGAAAAGUCGGAGAUAUACCCAAUAGCCAUGCACUUCGCCAAGCACUCAGCUGCGAACGCUCUGAUCGAUGGCUGGAAAUCGGUGGAGCUCUGCCAGGCCUAUAUCCUCAUGAGUAUAUACGCCGUCCCAGCUCGGAGAUGGGAGGAAGACAGAAGUUGGCUGUAUACCGGCCUUGCUAUCAGAAUCGCCACUGACCUCAACUUGCAUCAAAUCUCUUCAACAAAGCCGCAAAAUGAGAGGCAGGAACGGGAAAUUAUGAAUAAGACCCGUGUUUGGAUGAUCUGCUUCAAUUUGGAUCGAUCUACGGCGACUCAGUUUGGGAAGCCGUCAACGAUUAAAGAAGAUUUCAUUGUCCGAAACGCAAAGGACUGGUAUAAAAAGUCGCGAUACAAUCUCCCCUACGACGUCCACCUUUGCGCUUACUCUAUGCUUCUCCAAAUUGUCGCCAAGUUCCAUGAUGAGAUUUUCAGCGACCCUUCCUCGUCAAGUGGUCUCAACAAGACGGUCGACUUCAGAACAGUGACGUUGAAACAUGACGAGCACCUCACAGCGUAUCACGAGGAGUGGUCAAAACGAUUUGCUGAGGGUUCUGAUCCAAGUGAUUUGGGUUGCGCUUUCCGAUGCAAACUUCUUCCCUUCCUUGUCGGGUAUUCGCGGCUUGUGAUGUUCUCUUUUGGGUUUCAACAAGCGUAUCAGCGUGGUCUGGGGCAAGGAGACCAUGUCUUUUUCAACAAGUGUUUGGACGCUGCGAAAUCGGUCAUUGAGAAUAUGAUCGAGAGUUUAGCUCCUAGUGGCUAUAUGCGAUACGCCCCAGAUGGCCACUUCGUUUUUGCAUCGUUUGCCUCUGCGUUCCUUCUCAAGCUCCUACGACCAGAGUUCGGGAAACUUCUGACGAAAGACCAGGAGAACGAAAUCUUCGACUUGAUAGGGCGGCUCAUACAGACUCUCAGCUCACCCAAGAUAGCGAUUGAUGAUCGUCACACACCCAAACUCUACGCCCGAUUCCUCGCAGGCCUGCUAUCCAGGCACCGAAGGGAUGGCGUUACCGUAGGUCGCCUUCACCCACAGCCACUGUCCCCCAACACCGCCGCGACAAACGGGCCAACCCAACCCGCCUCAGCUUCUAUCACCUUUUCCGUGUCGCAGCUGCAGGGCCAAAGCAACGUUGCUGAACCAAAUCCAUCCUUCUCUCAGAAUAACUUGCGCCAGACGAUGGAUACUCCGAUUUACAUGCCAGAGGCGACUUUUGGUGCGAGCACGGGGCAGAUUCAUUUCGGAAAUGAUUUGGAAAUGGCGGCAUAUUCCAACUCUGGGUUCUCUGAGGAGGAAACUCUUGCCACGAUGCAGGCCAUCAGAAAUCCUGCCUGGUGGCAGAAUAUGAUGAUGCCUGGGUUUUCAUGGCCAGAAGGCUCUCCUUCGCCGCCAGCCAAUCACGUUGCCUCUGCUGCCGCUACCUAUCAUCACAAUAUGAACAUGCCAGGCAGCGGAGGCUUUGGCAUAUUUCGCACUGCCCAGGUUCCCUUGCAUUGA